AUGAAACAAAAGUUUUUCGAGCAAAACCGUGGUCAAUUAUUGCAACAAUUGGUAUCUCAGAGAGCUGAUAUUGCGGAAAAAAUGAUCAUAACCUUGGAAGAGCUAGAGAAGGCAACAAACAAUUUUGAUAAAGCUCGUGAGCUUGGCGGUGGUGGGCAUGGUACUGUGUACAAAGGGAUCUUAUCCGACCUCCAUGUCGUAGCCAUCAAGAAACCAAAGAUGGUGGUUCAAAAAGAGAUCGAUGAGUUUAUUAAUGAGGUUGCUAUCCUAUCACAAAUUAACCAUAGGAAUGUAGUAAAACUCUAUGGUUGCUGCCUCGAAACGGAAGUCCCAAUGUUGGUCUAUGAGUUCAUAUCCAACGGAACUCUUUACGAUCAUCUUCACAUCGAAGGACCAAGGUCAUUGUCAUGGGAUGAUAGGCUAAGGAUAGCAAUUGAAACUGCCAAAUCAUUAGCCUAUCUUCACUCCAUGGCUUUAAUACCUAUCAUCCAUAGAGAUAUCAAGUCCUCUAACAUACUUUUGGAUGAUACCCUAACAACAAAGGUAGCAGACUUUGGAGCUUCAAGAUACAUUCCAUUGGAUAAAUCAGGUUUAACAACAAUGGUGCAGGGUACACUAGGAUAUCUAGAUCCCAUGUACUUCUACACUGGGCGUCUCACAGAGAAAAGUGAUAUUUACAGCUUCGGUGUUAUGCUCAUAGAAUUGAUGACCAGAAAGAAACCAUUUUCUUAUAUGGCUUCUGAAGAUGGUCUUGUGGCACAUUUCAUUACCUUGUUUGCAGAAGGCAAUUUGUCACAGAUAUUGGAUCCACAAGUUCUGAAUGAGAGUGGCAACACAAUUGAAGAAAUUGCUGCAAUUGCAGUAGCGUGUGUAAAAUUGCGAGGAGAGGAACGUCCAACCAUGAGACAAGUGGAGCUGAGAUUGGAAGGCGUUCAAUCACCUGAGGAACAUGUCAUGGCGGUGGUUGGGAAAUUUGAAGCGAAUGGUAUUGACAGGAGUUCUCUGCUAACCAGAGAUGAAAGAAGCACAGAGGGAUUGACCAGGCAAUACAGUAUGGAAGAGGAGUGCAUAUUGUCUUCUAGAUAUCCGCGGUAG